GCUUUUCUUCAGUUCUGCGAUUUUCAUUGUUGUUGCUUCCAUCGCUGCAAGGAGCGCAGAGGAGGGUGUAAGCAUUCGUUCCCGGAAUGAAAGCUUAUCACCACGAGAUCCGCCGGCUCAAAAAGAAGAAGGUCGUCGCCGCAAUGAAACUCCACUGCCACAUCCGCCGCCUCCACCAACACCUUCGACGCCAGGAUUAUGUAGAGAAAGUUCGCAUUCAAGCAUCAAUAUCCCGUUCAGAAAUCCAACUAUUUGAAGGCCAGUUGGAAGAAGGUGGGUUGUAUGCAAUGUGUAAUUUCACUGUCAAGGCCAAUAAUGGAAAAUGGAGACCGGCAUCACACCCUUUCAGGUUACAAUUCCAUGAAGGAACUAAGGUUAAACUUCAGGCAGUAAAAGACCACAAGGACUUUCCCCUAGAAAUUUAUAAUUUUACAUGUUUCAAUGAUAUUCACAACCACCCUGCAGUUGGUGCUCCAGAUCUCAUUGAUAUAAUUGGUGUGUAUGAUUCCCGUGACAAAUUCAAUAAGUAUUACACCGAGGCAGGAUCAACAUACACUAACUUUUAUAUUCGGGACAUCCAGAAUAAGAGGCUCUUUUGUACUUUAUGGAACGUGUAUGUUGACCAGUUUGAGACCUACUUUUCUCUACCAAGAGCGAAUCCAGUUGUUGUCUUGCUACAGAUGUGCCGCAUCAAUCCAAAAUAUGGCGGAUGUUCCUCAAACGGUGUAGCUACAUCUUACCAUGUGACAAAACUUCUUCUAGAUGCACAUGUCCCAGAAAUAGAAGACUUUCGGCUUAGGUAUCUGGAAGCCACCCGUAACAGUUCUCAAACAAUAAGUCACAGUUCCUCUUCUGGUCCUGUAACUGUUGGUAGCGGUACAGAAAUUGGCUUCACAAUUCCAUUGUCUGAAUUAGGGAAAGCAGUAGAGGUUCGUGGUUGUUGGUUCUAUGGUCAAAUAAGUUCCAUAACAAGUCAUUUCACUUGGGCUUACCUUGGCUGUAAAAUGGCCAAAUGUUAUAAAAAAUUGACCAAGGCUGGGAGUGGAGAAUUAGUAUGCGACAAUUGUGGGGUUCAAGUUGCUGAUGGCGAGGGUGUUUGGAGAUACAAUUUAAGGCUCAAGGUUAACCAUAACAAUAGUUAUGCAAAUUUGGUUUUCUGGGAUGCUUUGUGCAAUCGUUUGAUUGGAAAAUCUGCUGGAGAUUUCCCCAGUCAUUACUAUGACAUGGAGAGGCUGUCACCUUCGGGCUGCCCAGAUGAAAUAAAGGAGUUGGUAGGUCGUGAGUUUGUCUUUAAAGUUGACCGCCAGUCAGGCUCCACUUUAAACGGAAAGAGUUAUUCCAUUGGUAUGGUCUCAACUGAUCAAGAUAAAAUCGAUGAGCUUAAGUCUGUUGGAGCCAACCAGUCUGACAAACAGGACUAUAACUCUGAUGAGGAUCUUGAUAAACUUUUUUCUUCUCCGGUCACGGUUGAAUCUAACAUAACACCAUCCUCAACGGAAGACGACAUAAUAAUACAAACAACCCCUUCUUCAACAUCAAAGAGGCCUACCAGUGAACAACAUGUUGACUCUUCUGCACAGAGUUCAACAAAUAAGAAAUUCAAGGGCAUCAAAAUUGAAAAGCCAGAUGCUUGAGCCUAUCUUUUCUUUUUCUGAGUUCUUUUACUUUUGGGAAUUGAUGUUAUUUAUUUUGUGUUUUAGUAUGUUAGCUUCUAUUUCGUACAUUAGGUAUCAAUAAGCCAAGCUAGACUGGCAUCAUUCUUUUCAUUCAUGUACUACGUAUUAUUUUCAGGCAUUGCUGCUGGUUUUUAAUUACGUACAUUUCGUGUUUGAACUAUAAGUCAUUUCUUAAUUAUAAAUUAUAUUUUUCUACUCUUCUUGAA